GAUGUCCCCACGUGGUCGACAUAAUGUGGUACCGACAACUCCAAAAGGCACGAACGGGUUAAAGCAAUCCCUGGCAGGGAGUGGGCGGAGAUUCCAGCUGGAAGCAAACCGAGAAACCAAUGCUCAAAUCUGGAAAGGAAAAUCACAGUUGAGCGCAGUUUUUGUUCAUCUAAUUUGGGACGGGAUUUUUUCCUCUUUUAGCGAUCUUUGGGUGGGUUUGAAACGAGAGGUGCUAUGAAGCAGAAGUGUGAGAGCAGUUGUCAGCUGAGGACAGAGUAGACGUGGAAGGCUACAGAGGCGUCAGACACCGAAGCCUGAGUUAAGAGAGCAGAUCAACAGGACGGUGCAGAGCGCUGACUCUCACACUUGAAGACAAUGGAACUGCUGUCCCUCAUCUCACACGGAUCAUUCACUGUGAUGAGCCCCAAACCCGCGUGUCUGUGGAUGUGAAAUGGUCUAAACACGCCACACUGUUUUGAUUUGCACGGAUCAGCUGGACUUAUUCUGGUGAGCGCGCUGAUGGGAGAGUAACACGGUGCCAUCGGUUCCUGAAGAGAUACGAAGCCGGUGUUUCCCUAAGCCUUUAAAAACACCCACAGGGACACCAUGUGGAGCCUCGGGACGUGGAUGUUGCAGGCGGCUCUGUGCUGCGUGCUUCUGCAAACAGUGCUGCCCAGCGCCAGAGGUCUCAACAUGUGCAUGAGUGGCAGUGCUACUUCCUGUGAAGAAUGCCUCCUGAUUCACCCCAGUUGCGCCUGGUGCGCACAAGAGGAUUUUGGAAGGGGGCGCAGUCUGACAUCACGGUGUGACUUUAGUCAAAACCUGUUGAAGAGAGGCUGUGACAAACACUUCAUUGAAUACCCAACCAGCAGCAUCAAUGUCCUGCAGAACAUACCCCUAAGUUCAAAAGGUUCUGGGUCAACCCAGUAUGAUGUGGUCCAGAUUAUGCCACAGAAGAUCUCUCUCAGCCUGCGACCCGGAGACCAGACGUGGUUCAGCCUGCAAGUGCGGCAGGUGGAGGACUACCCGGUGGAUCUCUACUACCUGAUGGACCUCUCUCUUUCAAUGAAAGAUGAUCUGGACACCAUUCGCAACCUGGGCACUAAGCUAGCCCACGAGAUGGGCAAGCUCACCAGCAAUUUCAGGCUAGGCUUCGGCUCAUUUGUGGACAAAAACAUGUCCCCGUUCUCCUACAUGGCACCAAAGUACCAGGAGAAUCCAUGCGAUGGGUACAAGCUGUUUCCCAACUGUGUCCCCAGCUUCGGUUUCCGCCACAUCCUCUCGCUGACUGACAAAGUGGACCGUUUUAACGAGGAGGUGCAGAAGCAGAUGGUAUCUCGCAAUAGAGACGCACCGGAGGGCGGCUUCGACGCCAUCCUUCAGGCUGCUGUUUGUAAGGAAAAAAUAGGCUGGAGGAAAGAGGCCUUUCACCUGCUGGUGUUCGCCACGGACGAUGUACCUCACCUCGCUCUGGACGGCAGGCUCGGUGGUCUUGUCCAUCCCCACGAUGGACAGUGUCACCUCAAUGACAACAACGAGUACAGCGCUUCCACAAAGAUGGACUAUCCUUCUCUGGCUCUUCUCGGGGAGAAACUGUCAGAAAACAACAUCUUCCUCAUCUUUGCUGUGACAAAAAGGCUGUACGUGAUCUACAAGGAUUUUACUGCACUCAUCCCAGGGACCACAGUAGAAAUCCUUGAUCAGGAUUCCAAGAAUGUCAUCCAGCUGAUUAUCGCAGCCUACAAUAGCAUCCGUUCUAAAGUAGAACUGUCAGUGUGGGACCACCCAGAGGACCUCAGCCUUUCCUUCACUGCCACCUGUCAGGAUGGAAACCCACUGCCAGGCCUCAGGAAGUGUGCUGACCUGAAGAUAGGAGACACUGUCUCUUUUAACGUCAGUGUGGAGGCGAGAAGCUGUCCUCCCCGUGGGACUGACCGCAGAUUCACAAUCAAGCCGGUGGGCUUUAAAGACCGCCUGGAAGUGGCCGUGGAUUACGAGUGUGACUGCGGCUGCAGCCGGAAUGCACAAAACAAUAGCAUCAUCUGCAGCUCCAUAGGUACUUAUAACUGUGGGACUUGCCAAUGUGAGCCUGGCUACCUGGGUGCCCGCUGUGAAUGCCAGGAGGGUGAGACAAGCAACAUGUUUCUCAGCGCCUGCCGGGAAUCCGAGGGCAAACAGAUCUGCAGUGGACGAGGCGAGUGCAGCUGCAACCAGUGCCUGUGCUAUGAAUCGGAGUUUGGAAAGAUCUACGGCAGCUUCUGCGAGUGCGACGACUUCUCCUGUGCUCGACACAAAGGCAUCCUCUGCUCAGGUCAUGGUGAGUGUCACUGUGGGGAGUGUAAAUGCCAUGCCGGUUACAUUGGCGACAACUGCAACUGCUCGACGGAGACAUCGGGCUGCAUUUCAGAUGACGGGCAGAUGUGCAGCGGGCGAGGCAGCUGUGUGUGCGGCCGCUGUCAGUGCACUGAGCCCGGAGCCUUUGGAGAAACCUGCGAAAAAUGCCCCACUUGCCCCGAUGCCUGCGGCACAAAGAGGGAGUGCAUUGAGUGCCGGCUUUUCAAUUCUGGAAGGCUUGCGGACAAUGAGACUUGCCAGCGACAGUGCAAGGAUCGCAUCAUCACUGUGGAGACUCUCAAAACUGACGAGCCCGGCGCUGUGCUUUGUUUGUACAAGACAGACGACGAUUGUGUCAUGAAGUUCACAUAUUCUGAGCACGCCAGCGGACAAUCUAUACUCUCAGCUCUUAAAGAGCCAGAGUGCGUCAGGGGACCAGAUGCCCUGAUGGUGCUGGUGGCAGUGGUUGGGAGCAUCUUGUUGGUAGGACUGUUGCUGCUCGCUGCCUGGAAGCUGGUCAUCACUAUCCACGACCGGCGUGAGUUUGCCCGCUUCCAGAGCGCCCGCUCGCGUGCCCGAUAUGAAAUGGCCUCUAACCCUCUGUACAAGCACCCCAUCUCUACACAUUUUGUGGAAACAGAUUUCAGCAUGUACAGCAAGUCCUACAAUGGAGGGCUCCACUGAUCCCUCAGUACAGGGCGCGGCGGGACCGGUCCAACAAGUAGAUCAAGGGGACGUGCCUGAGGUGGAUGGUGGACUGAGCACACUCACCCGUCUGCACAGUGCACACCCACAGCAAUGGCAGAAGAGAAAUGACUUUAAAGUGUGUUCAAAGAGAAGUCUGUGGCCUUCUUUGUUUUAUUUUCACCCGAGAAGAUUCAAACCACCUGUGUCUGUGCUUCACCGAACAAAUUAACACCACCCUCAUCGCGAUCGGGAUACAGAGUGAUUAGGGUUAGAAGUGAGCUCGUCUGCAGUUAUUCAUCAUAGACCAACUUAUUGAAACCAUAACUCCAGCCACAUAAAAGCGCUGCUCAUUCUGUACAGAUCAGGCAAGAUAUUGGCUUCUCUUUGUAUAUUUUUGUAGAUGUUGAAGAUGCAUUUUUAGCACAGACUGCGCACCCAGCAGGACUCUGAACUGCAGAUGAAUCCAAUUCACAUGAUUCUUAAAAAGCACAUAUUUCUGAGGGGGCCGGGGCUAUUAAAAUGUUUGGUACUACUAACUUUUACUAAGCAACUUUUCUUACCUUCAUUUUGCACAGAAGUUAUUGAGUCAAGUCUUGGAAAGAUUUAAAUAGUUUUUUUUUAAUGUCUUAAGUGUGUGUGUGUGUGUGUGUGUGAUUUUGUGCUCCAAUUGCACUCAGUUGCAGGGUACAAACUCACCCUUCAGCAUCUGAACACUGACGUUUCAGUCUGGUGUUGCUCUGUAACAAGAAAAGAACAAAUCUGGCAACAUUUUGGUCUGUUUCUAGAGAUGUUCUGGCCUCCUUACCACCUCUAAGAAACUGCUAAAAAAAAAAAAAAACCAUUCCCAAACAUUUAGCUUUCUUUAAAUGUACAACUAAAUAAAUAACAUGCAUUACAUUCUAUACGUUAAAACACAUUCAGCAGGGGUCAGCAAGUAUUCAAUCAUGGGCUCUUUAGUAUAUUUAUAUACAGUAUAUAUUAUGGGUUCAUUUAUUAACUUCCUUGAAUAUAGGCAGGACUGGAUUUAAUGUGGUUAUGUUUAUUGAUAUAAGCCCAGUGUUAAUAUUUUUAAACACUACUAUUAAACCUCAUCUUGUGUCGGGGAGGCUGAAUGGCCAUGUUUGGCCCCUAGUCACCAUUAGCCUGCCCAGUUUAUUUUAUGUUGUAAAAUAAAUGAGUGUUAAUAAAUUAAUAAGCUUAGUAUUGGGAGGUCACAGGUCAAGGUCAGUCAGCUAUCGUCUGACGGUAAUGCCAGUCCACAUCAGUUCAUACCCAUCUGUGUAUCUUAUUGGCCAAUCUGAGUUGCUGCUGCCACUGCAAAAGCUGUUUUUGCAACCCACCUCAGCUCCUCUUUAUCAUGUAUGUCAUUUGUACCCGGUCACAUUUUGGACAGAAAGGACAGAUGGUUUGAAAGAGGAGUAAAAGAAGCCAUCUAUGUGCACUGUGAGCGGCCAUCUUUGAAUAGCGGCGGUGGCUUACGACACCCAACUGUCUGCCAUCUAUAAUCCAGUUUUGAGAUCCCUUCCCAGACGUCUUAACGCCCACUCACAUCCUGGGCCAUUUGACCUC